CACCUCUUACUCCGGGGAGGGGGAGGAUUGAACUAUUUUCGCCCUCUUUUGUGCGCUGACCGCCCACCCCGCGUCCCAGCUGCUUUGUUUUGUGGUCUCUCCCCUUUGGCUGCGAGGGGUGCCGCAGCCCGCUUUGGAGCGAUGUCGGCGCGUGCGGCUUGAUGUCAGCGCAAGACCCCAGGUUGCUCCGCCCGGAUGAACUGUAAAGAUUUUUCCCCUCCAGGGGACAGCCUUCCUGGUUUUGUGUUCUUAGCACCUUUACUUGAAUUUAAAUACCAUCUGUGCCAGAUGGAUAUAUGGUGGAAGUCAACUAAGAUUUGGUGGAUUCAGUUGAAUAUUAUUUUUGACUCCAGUGAUUUUCCUAUUGAGGUGCCUGUCUUUUUAAACCAUCCCACAAAGAGUUAAUGCAUGUCUGUAGAGGAUAUCUGACCAUUAGCAACUUAAUCUCUGGAUGUCACCACCAUUUCCCAUGUUAACAGUUCUGAGCAUGUUUUACUAUAUAUAUCUCCGCCGGCGCCGAGCCAGGACAGCUACAAGAGGAGAACUGAUGAACAAUCGGAGAGCCAUUGAAUCAAACAGACCCUUACCUAUCAAUGUUGAAUUAGUUCAAUAUGCCAAAGAAGUGUUGGAUUUUAGUUCCCAUUAUGGUAGUGAAAACAGUAUGUCAUACACCAUGUGGAAUUUGGCUGGUACUCCUAACGUGUACCCUAGCUCUGGUGAUUUUACGCAAACUGCUGUUUUUAGAACUUAUGGAACUUGGUGGGAAUUGUGUCCUAGUGCCCGGUUACCUUUUACGAGAACACCACCUAAUUUCCAUAGUCAGGACUAUGUAGAACUUGCUUUUGAGGAACCAGUUUAUCCUACAGCAGUACAUGUUCUGGAAACUUAUCACCCUGGUUCGGUCGUUAAGAUUUUGGCGUGUUCUGCAAAUCCUUAUUCCCAAAAUCAACCUGCUGAUGUAAGGUGGGAAGUCCUUUGGUCAGAGGCACCUACCAAGGUGAAUUCACCUCAGGCACGGCAGUUUACACCUUGUAUCAAACAAAUAAACUUUCCUACAAACCUAAUUCGCCUGGAACUAAAUAGUUCCCUUCUAGAUUAUUACACUGAAUUGGAUGCAGUCGUACUACAUGGUGUGAGAGAGAGACCUAUGCUUUCACUUAAUACUUCAAUGAUUACUCUGAAUGAUCUGGAUGAUGAUGAAGAUGGAGAAAGAGAGGAUGGCAUGGAUUGUCUGAAUAAGCAAUUUAGUGCUACUGUCUUCAGGGAAUCAACAACUAAUGGAUAUUUUGAUAAAUUGCCUUAUGAGCUCAUCCAGUUGAUUCUGAGUCACCUUACAGUUCCAGAUCUAUGUAGUCUAUCUCAGACGUGUAAGCUAUUUUAUCAGCACUGCUGUGAUCCUCUACAGUACAUUCACCUCAGUUUGCAACCUUAUUGGGCAAGGAUAAAUGACACAGCUCUGGAAUACCUACAGCCUCGCUGCGUCCUUGUCCAGUGGCUGAAUUUAUCUUGGACUGGGAACAGAGGAACAAUUUCUGUUUCUGCAUUUAGCAGGUUUCUGAAAGUUUGUGGUUCAGAACUACUGCGCCUGGAGUUGUCUUGUGGCCAUUUCCUCAAUGAGACUUGUUUGGAAGUUAUUGCUGAGGCAUGUCUGAAUCUUCAGGAAUUAAAUCUCUCCUCUUGUGAUAAGCUACCACCUCCGGCUUUCAACCACAUUGCCAAAUUGCACAACCUUAAGCGUCUAAUUCUUUAUCGAACAAAGGUAGAGCAAACAGCACUGCUCAGCAUUCUGAACUUCUGUUCAGAGCUUCAACACCUCAGCCUGGGUAGCUGUGUAAUGAUGGAAGACUAUGACACGGUAGCUAGUAUGAUGGGAGCCAAAUGCAAAAAGCUUCGUACACUGGAUUUAUGGAGAUGUAAAAACAUUACUGAAAAUGGAAUAGCAGAAUUAGCUUCUGGCUGCCCGCUGCUGGAGGAGCUUGAUCUUGGCUGGUGCCCUACGCUUCAGAGCAGCACUGGCUGCUUUGCAAAACUUGCACGUAAACUCCCAAACUUGCAAAAACUCUUUCUGACUGCCAACAGGUCUGUGUGUGACUCUGAUAUAGAAGAACUUGCUGCUAACUGUACUAAUCUCCGUCAGCUUGAUAUAUUGGGAACAAGAAUGGUUAGCCCUGCAUCUUUAAGAAAAUUGCUGGAGUCUUGUAAAGAUCUUUCCUUACUUGACGUGUCCUUCUGUUCACAAAUUGAUAAUAGAGUUGUCCUAGAACUAAAUGCCAACUUUCCUAAUGUGUUCAUAAAAAAGAGUUUCACUCAGUGACUCAGUUCAUAUGCUACUAUAUGGAAUUGAUUUGACACAAAUUCUGUUUCCCGUGAAUUUGUGAUGGUUUUCGAAGAGAAAAAAGUCUCCUUGGUAUAACAGAGAAAAGUGAACUCAUCUUGAUGUGAAGGCUAAACACGAAAUUAAAAUUUUAAAUGAUGAGUACAGCCAUUAUUCCUUGCAUUGUAUCCAGUUACUGUACUGGGUAAGUGAUACUGCAUGUUUUGAAGUAGGAAGAAUCAUGUCUGGUGGCGUGUAUUUAAAUGCCUAUUAAAGAGUAUUCGAUGCAAUAAACUAUUUGAAUGUUAAUAUCAAACUUGUAAUACUGAUUAGAGAAAUAAAAGGUGAGUUUAAAAAAAAUUUUUUUUUUAGUCUUGGCCUUUAAGGUGCAAAGUUGUGGUUUAGCCACCACAAAGUUGAAAAAUUGGGAUUUUACAUUUUCAACAAACAAUGUCCAACACAGUAUUUAUUGACCAUCUGAAGUAUAAAAUUCGACCAAUGGAUAUUAUAAUCAAAGACAAAAAAACUUGCUAAGGCCAAAACCAGCAGUCCCAUAUCUGCUUCUGUCUCCCAUGGUUACAAGUAAUAAUAUAAAAUGAAUGACUUAAUAUCACUUGCUUUGAUAAUUUUUCUGACCCCAUUCCAAUUCAUUGAUUAUCACUUUUGGGGAUGAGAAAACUCUCAGCAAAAGUAGUUCUACACCAUACAUUUUACAUUAUUCAAAGUCAGUGGGGAAAACAGGACUCAACUAUGUGUGGCAAUGAUAAUUCCUCUUUUGAUAAAUCAUGUAAGUAGGGGCACAGUCUAGAUGAGUAGAGAAGGAUUUAAGCCUCUUCCACACACCAUUUUUCCAACCUGAAAUGGUCCCCAGAAACCACUGUUUGCUGUGUAGGGGAAACAUAGGAGUAUCUGUAUGUUUAUUUCAGUGGGACAAAUAGCAAAACUCCAAGGGCUGUUUUAGGUCAGGAAAAAUGGCAUGAUGGUAUGGCUUUAAAAAAAAAUCCAAAUUGGAGGCCAUGAUAAUUUAAAAAAAUGCUGGGAGGUAUGUUCACAGAACUCCCAGCAUCAUAUAGUUGAACUGGUAGAGAAGUAGAACUGCUGUGAGGCCUGGUAAAAGAUACAGAAUUAUAUUUAACUCUCGUUGCAUGAGUAGAAGGCAAUUUCUGCUGAUUUUGUCUUUCUUGCAAUAGCCCCCUGUUGCUGCCAGGAAGCCUAGGAACUUAAAAACAAGCCAUCACCACCUGCUUGCUUUUGUUCUCUUCACAAGCACCACCCCUCCCUAAAAUGAGUUAGAAGUUCAGUCUUCACAUGUUGUCAGUCAAACCUCUAAUAAAUCUGCUAUACUGUCUAUAGUAACUACUUUCUGUUGAUACUGUACUGGUAUCACUUUGGAUUGGAUACAUAGUUUUCAUGUUUUAAAUUAUUAAUAAAGUAGAGAAAAAUAUAACCAGUAAAAAUGUAGUUUUAUUACAUGGAACUUUUUUCUUGAUGUUGUGUUAAGAACGGAAGAAAUUAACUGCAGACAUUCAAAACUUGAUUAACUACUCUUAAUGAUUGAUCAUCCUGACAGAAAAAUUUCAGUAUUCCUCUAAUAUUUGCAUUUUGUUAGAUGAGUCUGUAUUUUAUUGAUCUUUUUGCUAAUGUGAAUUAGUAUUUAAUGUCAGAUCAUAUUUUUGAUGCUGCACGUUGAAUGCACAUCUGGUGAGCACAUAUCUGAAGACAUUUGGAUUAGCUACAUAACAGGAGAAUAACCCAAAGAAUGUUAUACAGUUCCAUGGAAACCAAUAAGAUUUAAACUACUAUUAUUUACUUGCAUCCCUAUAAUUGCUGUGUAUCUUAAGCACAUAUAGCCUUUUCUGGAUUGCACUCACAUUCUGUUGGUGUUUUUUUCUUACUUAACUUGAGGCUGAAUUCCUUAUCACCCUUUAUUGGGAGUAAGCCUCCUUGAACUCAGCGACAUUUACUUCUGAUUGAACAUUUUAUAUUCAAAAAGCAGAGAACAGGUUCUCAGUCUCAAGAAAGCAAAUUUUGCACUAAAGAACAUUCAACAAAAUAUUGUCACAUUGGAAAAGAAAGAUCUCCAGGAGAACGGAGUAUUUGAGAGUCUCUGUAUACAAGACCUCUUACAUGAGGACGCUGAAGUGUAGGAAGAUGCAAUGUUAGCCAGAAAGCCUAGUUUAAAGUUUCAUCUUCACUUCCCCAAAGGGGACGUGAAACUGACAGUCUUCGGGGAAAUUAACAAACCCUCUGAGGAGCUAUCUCUGCAGGCUUUGUGUAGAGAGGUGAAAUUGAACUAUGCUUCCUGGCUAACAUUGCAUCUCCCUACGCUUGAGCAUUCUCGUGUAAGAUGUCUCGUCUACAGAGACUCUGAAAUGCAGAGGAGUUAGCCGUGUUAGUCUGACGAAGAGAACUUGAUUCUUGAAAGCUUAUGCUACAAUAAAAUUGGUGAGUCUUAAAGGAGAGAUUCUGAAAGAAUCAGCAAACCAAGGUGUCAAUUGAUCAUAAAUUAAUUCUUAAACUUUAGUGGUGUUCAUACAGCAUUCCAAAUACUGAAUCACUUUUGUACUUUUCAAACAUUUUUUUCAGGUAGAUUUUUCUAGAAUCUGGUAAAACAGUCAAAAUCCAAAGGAGGAUGUGGGGAUCUGAAUUUCUUCCUGGAAUGUCAUACUGCUUUCUUCUCCCUUUACCAUCAUAGGAUGCCGUGCCAUUUUCUUCAUGCAGCUUUUCUUUUAAGGAGCUGCAGUGUUGCUUAGGGUUGUUUAGCAUAUGAAGUAGAGUUGCUUAGAACAUGAAAACCUCACUUUUUGGUCAUAGUCAGAUAUGAAUUUAAUAUAAACAUUAUUGUAUGGAGAAAUAUUAGGAGUAACUAAGAUGUGCAAGGAGACAGCUGUGCCAAUUCUGUAAUGCUGAUGGGUUAAAGAAUGUGUUGGCACAGUCAUGGAAAUGACUACUGCUGCUUUUGUGUCCCAAACACUAAAAUUUGUUCAUGCUGGUUACCAGCAUUCCUUGCCAUGAGGAUAAAAUAAAUAGAGGAUACAUGUGAAAACUAGUCCUAAAAAUAUUUCAGUUGAAACAUCCCACUGUGACAGAAAGUUGCCCUUGUUCUGUAGAAUUGUUUCUAUUUUCAAUCGUCUAAAAUGUGUUUUUAUAAAUAAAAGAUAUGCAUUGUAAUUAAAAUUAUAAAUAUGCCUACCUUUUACAAAAGAAUGCUCCUUUGGGCUAUGUAUGUUUACACAUUUCAGUAUUUUAAAACAAGCCUUAUUGGAUAAUAUAGCUCAGGUGUGUAUGGUUUUGUUUUCUUUAAACAAAAGUAUAUUAAUAUUUAUGGUUGUAACUAGAAUGUUAUUUGUUAUGACUAUGCAGAUAUAAUGUAUGCCUUCCAUUUUUCCAAUCAACAGUACAUUUGAGGACCCUUAUGGAGCUGCUGAACAUCAUUGAAAUCAAUAACAAAAUGUGUUUUGGUUACAGUGUAGUUGACUUUGUUUACAAGCCAGAUCAGCUGAUUAGUCUUCACAAACAUUAGACAAAUUAUUCUAGGACAAAUUUUGUGACUCUUAAUUCUUUAUUUGGAUGUUUUAUUUAAUAUUUAAGGUUCAGAAACUUGUAAGAGACAGUGCACUAUUGCCCAGAUGCUCUGAUAAUGUUGUGAUUGUUGUGUUGCAUUAUUUGAAAGGCCCAUGGAAGGAUAGGAAUCACAUUGUAGGGAAUGUGAUUGGACUUUGAACGACGACUGCCUAGAAAAUCUGAGAACAAGGUGUAGAGGAGGUUGUUUGCAGCCCAGUGCUAAGAGGCAGGAAAAGGGAGGGAGAUACGGUGACAAAGAAACCACAAAAACAGUUGUAUGGAAUGAAUGAAGGCCACAACUUUAUUAAACAACAGCUGAAGGAGCAGUUGUGAUGCAUGGGGGCCAGAUCCUGAGCAUCGGCUGACACACCUGCCUGUUGAUGAACCACUGCACUCCCUCAACCAGUUGCAAAGAGGGGAAACCAAGGAGUGUCAGAUAGUGGGAACCACGUGGAUGUCCACUCCUCUUUGUGGAUCCCCUACCAACUGAGAGUGAGUGUGCCCUGCCAGCUCCCACUGGGCAUGCACCCCCAUAUUCACUCCCAAGAAUCCUUAGGGGAAUCCCUUUAUGAGGAGAUUGGACAUGCAGGCACCACCUCCUCCCAAAAGAAUCUGAUCCCCAUGACAAACCGGCCCAAAAGUUGUGACCAAGGCUUUUUUAUGAGGAAAGAGGUGGCAUGCCUCUCACUACAUGUGCGUGCAGCGCGCACAUGCUUCUGGGACUGCGUGAUGACAUCACUUCCGGGAAAUGACAUCAUCACAAAGGCUAUGGCAGCCUCGGGAGUGCUCCCAUGCUCCAUAAGGGGGCCAGAUUCGGCCCAGAUAAGGCUAAAUUUGGCCCUGAUCGGGCCUGAAUCAGCCCAGAACAGGCCACUGUGCUGCAGGGGAGCACUCCUCCACACAGCAGGGGCCAGAUCUGGGCUGUUUCGAACCCAAAUUGGGCCAAACCAGAUCCAAAACAGCCCAGAUCAGCCUGGAACAGCCUGUUGCUGCACAGGAGAUCACUCCCCCACAUGGCAGCAGCCCAAACCUGGCCAAAAUGGGCCCGAAAUGGCCCGGAUUGGCCUAGAACGGACUGCUUUCACAGAGGAGAUCACUCCUCCUCCUGGCAGCAGCCCGAACCUAGCUGUUUAGGGCAAAAUCCUGUCCGUUUAAGGCCCAAGUUGGGCCCAAAUGGGCCCGAAUCAGCCUGGAAUGGACUGGUGCCACAUGGGAGAGCACUCCCCCGCUAGGCAGCGGCCCGGACCUGGCCGUUUUGGGCCUGAUCUUGGCCAUUUUGGGCCCAAUGCUAACAAUUUUGGCCUGAAUUGGGCCAAAAAUGGCCAAAAGGCAUAAAAUGGCCAGGAUCGGGCCACAGUGGGACGGGGAGUGUUCUCCCACCUGGCAGAGGCCCGAUCCUGGCCAUUUUGGGCCCAAUCUUGGCCAUUUUGAGCCCAAAUUGUGCCCUUUUAGGGCACAAAAGGGACCCAAAAUGGCCAGGUUCGAGCCCAAAACAGGCAGGAUUGGGCUGCUGCCAGGAGGGGGAGUGUUCUCUCAC